GCCGUUUAUAAACUCCACUGACAUGCUCCCUGCACACGGGAGCUUGCUAAUUCAUCGCUGACUCGAAUCACUCAUCUUGCGAGCGCUCACCACACGGCACAGAGGUACCGCUUAUCUCCACGGAGGCUAUUUCUGGUGCCGUGUGACACUGAUGAUGCUGACAGCAAUCGCCUUCCCACAUCACACAGCCUCCGUAAAGGUCAGACCAAAUGAAAAGGACGUGUAAGCGAGGCCUGUCCUCCUGCAGCAGCCUGAUCCGGCCUCAGGCGCUCCGGCUGAUGAGGCCUAAACAUCAGCACAGGGUCAUUAUUUCAACUGGAGAAGCACUUAACUUCUUCGCUCUCAGUCUCUGAGGACACUGCUGCAGCAAGAUCACUCACACGGCCUACAGUUUCCUCACCACACCUCAGACAGCAUCAGGAUGACUGUGUCCAGACGACCAGAUCGCAACUGGACGCGGAGGGCGGAGAAGGAGCUUUUUCGACCUUCUCCUGCCGAACAUUUAGGUGUGGGAGAGUCUGCCUUUGUUGGGAAGAGCCACGGCGAAGGGAAGGACGACGCCGUGCUGCAGUAUGUUGUUAACAACUCACUGAGGGAGCAUCCGGUCCUCACCAAACUCAGGCUGAGAACCCUUGAAGACCAGUGGAGUGUCAUGAUGGUUGCAAGUGAACAAGCCCAGUUUAUGGCAAAUCUCAUCAGACUGAUAAAUGCAACUAAAGCUAUUGAGAUUGGGAUGUACACAGGCUACAAUGCACUGAGCAUGGCAUUGGCCAUGCCAAGUAAUGGAGUUGUGGUGGCUUGUGAAAUAGAAGAAACCUACGUGAACAUUGCCAAACCCUUUUUUAAGGAGGCCGGAGUUGAAAACAAGAUCAAUGUGCAGCAUGAAAUAGCCAUGAAGACACUGGAUGCACUGAUAGCAGGCGGGGAGGCAGGAACCUUCGACUUUGUGUUCAUCGAUGCUGAUAAAUUCAACUAUGACAGAUACUAUGAGAAGUCCCUUGAGCUCAUACGAAAAGGGGGCAUCAUUGCGAUUGACAACGUGCUGUGGAGCGGAAAUGUUGUGAAUCCGGCUCCGGCUGACAUCACCUCGCAGGGUCUGGAUGCUCUCAAUAAGAAGCUGCACAAGGACGAGAGGAUCGAACUGAGCAUGCUCACUGUGGGCGACGGGCUGACCAUUGCCAUCAAACGCUAAAAUAACUACGAUAUAAAAGUUACAUCUAUUUAAACCGAUUGUUGCUUUUGAUAUAUAUAUAUAUAUAAAAAAAAACUAUAUGAGGACUCAUUGCCCUCUGUGCUUUUUGUCAAAUACAAAAAUCAUUACAAUAAACAUUGCAACCCCA